GACCCGCGGAGGCUGGUCAGCUCAGCGGCUGCUGCCACUGCCAGUCCGGGCGUCGACCGCGCUGUCGUUGCUCGGCGAGUCCCUCCCUCCCUCGCUCCCUCUCUCUCGGCGUGUGUGGCGGACGGCCUUGCCCUUCCCGGCGGAGGCGAGUCGACGACAUGUAGGGAGGCUUCCUCUACCGUUAGUCCGUCAGCACUGUCAUUCACUGCCAAUCUGACCGCUGUCCCUCUUCUACCGGGAGCCGGUGUCGGCAGGCCCCAUCCUCGGGGAGCCGCUGGCAUUCUCCUCCACCCCUUGGGUCUGGGAGCCGAGGGGGAUGGAGUACUGACCCGCCUCAGCACCUACCGUUCUGGAUGUGGGAAGCCUGUUGUAUACUGGAAUGAAACAAUCUUGAAUCUUGAAUAUGCAAUUAAAAGGGAAGCCGAGCCCUUUAAUGGAUCAAUUCAAGGCUGGUAGAAUGAAACUUUGCAUGUUUUUGCAGUUUACGUUUUUGGUCCUCUCAUUAUCUGGAUGUGAUCCUAUUUUUGCUCAAAACAUUGAUUCAUGUGGCUCCAUUUCUUCCAGCAGACUGGUUGCAAAUGUGGGCUCAAGCCACAACAUAACCUGCUCAUUUUGUGAAGCUGGAGCAGCUGACAAGGUACAAUGGAUAUAUGGUGAUAGUCCACUCUCCAGGAGCCAAUUCACAAAGAUCAACUCCAGUGCCAGUGUGGCAAUGUUGAUUAACCUUGGCCUAACCAGCAGGCAAGGAGAGAAUCUGACAUGUGUUUCUGAAAAAGAGUCCAACAUCAUGUUAGUUCAAACUGGAUAUCCUCCAGAUGCCCCUCGGGACCUGAAAUGUAUAACUCAUAACUUCAGUAAAAUCAACUGUUCAUGGAACCGAGGAAGAGACACAAAUAUAGAAACCAGCUACAUCAGCUGUCUCAAGUCAUCAAAUAACUGCACAAAAGUGGGAAAGGCUAACUUUGUUGAAUAUGAUUUCUUAAUAUUUAACACUAUGAUAAUACAGAUAACUGCUGUUAAUGUACUGGGAAGAGAGACAUCAGAGGAAUUCAGAGUCAUGGAAAGUGAUAUAGUGUUCAUACCUUGCACACCGGAACUCCGCAAUGUUUUCCAAGAUCAGUCCAAUGACAAGAUGGCAGUGGUGCAAUGGGCCGAAGGGGGUGAAAUAUAUGGUCUUAACUUGAAGAUGAUUUUCCAAAUCCAGGUUCUCAGAGCAUACAAGAUGGAAGAGGUCUGGGUGGGGAAUUACAGUAGUACCUCGAAUUCUACCUAUAAUAGGGUGCUGCAGUUGACUUGGACAUCAGACAUGCCUCUCCAGUGCACAUCCUACUUGGUGAGAAUCCGCUCCAUUGGUGAUGUCAGUAAAUACCAGUUUGCUGGGAAAAGUGCAUGGAGUGAAUGGAGCCCACCAUUAAAACUUGAUGGCCGGGAUGUGACUUACCAGACUGCGUUUGAGUUCUAUCCCCCAGAUUCAACUGUUCUGGAAGAAGGUUCCAGUCCAGUGUUCUGCUGCGUGGUUGGUAAAGGAAAUCACAUCCUGGACUUGACUUUUGACAACUACAGAUACAGAGUCAUCAAAUUAAGUAGCAGGAGCAUGGCUGUCAGUGUGAAGAAUAUUACUUCGCCAAGAGAAUCUGGAGCAAAUGUUUUGUGCACUACAAUGUCUCAAUCUUUCAGUGGAGCAACUAUAUUUAUUGGCUAUCCACCUGAUACACCAAAAAAUGUCAGCUGUGAAACUCGUGAUUUACAAACGAUGAACUGUACAUGGGAACCAGGAAGACCUACUAAGCUAUUUGGAAAGCAUAAGACAAUCUAUAGUCUCAACAUUGGGUCAUCACAGAACUCUUUUCCAUGUGAGGAUGCUUCAAAGCUGUAUCCCGAAUACUGGUGUAGUUUUCCCAUUUCAAAUAUGAAUGCUGAAAUCAAUAUAUCGAUACAUGCAAAAAACCCACUAGGGAAAGCACUGUCCAAUUUAAUUGUGGAUGUGACUCAUGUCUUUCGCCCCUUUGCUCCUCAUCAGCUGAAAGAAGAAAAUACAACAUCAAACUAUAUAACUUUGACCUGGAUGGAUCAGGUUAAUUACAUAGGCAUUGACUUGCUUUGUGAGGUGGUGAUUCAAGAUGAGUCUGGGCAAACUAUGUCACUUAAUUAUUCUGUGCAUGGAAAACCAACAAAUGCACAGCAGAUGAUAAAAUUAAAUAAUUUACAACCCAACACAGAGUAUUCUAUCAAAGUUCGAUAUUCUUCUGUACUGUUUUGGAAAUGGAGUGAAUGGAGCAAUGUUGCUGUGGUCAGAACUAAGAUUGCGGCACCUUCAGUGGGCCUGGAUGUAUGGAGAAUAAUUCUGCCAAACCGCACUGUGAUCAUUUACUGGAAGCCACUGUCACCCAAGGAGGCGAAUGGUCCAAUUUUAUUUUAUAAUGUAUCUUGGUCAAAAAUGGGAAGUGCUUUGAUCAAUAGCACUCAUGUCCAUGGAACAGAUGUACAAAUUCAUCUAGACCAAGCUGGCUACAUUAUCACUGUUGUGGCUCAGAACGAGGCAGGAACAUCGUUGUCUUCUGUGAUCAAAAUCCCUCCACAGCAAGAUGAUGAAAAUAUGACCUUUGAGAAAACUGCUGGUUUUAGGGAUGGAUUCAGUGUGACUUGGCCCAAGCUCCAGGCUGAGAACUGUGGCUAUACUGUACAGUGGUGUGAGUCCUUGAGCUUUCCUGUGUGUAAGGUGGAUUGGCGUAAAUUUCCUUCAAAUACAACAGGUGCCACUAUAAAAUCAGAAGCCUUCCAACCUGGUGUGCAGUACGCACUUGAGGUGUACGAGUGCAGGGAAGAUGGGGAUCACGUUCUGAAGAAGCUGCUUGGGUACACACGUGAACUCGCCCCAGCUGAAGCUCCAAAAGUGAUGAUCAACAAAACCACUGGAGAUUCAGUGCAGAUCAAGUGGAAAAGCAUUCCUUUGGAGAAGCAACGCGGGUUCAUUGAGGGGUUCAAGAUUUAUUACAGUAAAUACCGCAAUAACUCAACAACAAACAAGCCAGCAAAUAUGGGCAAUGAGUCGGCUAAUGUCAUCCUUCAUCCUGACAAGCGGGCGUUCAAGAUUUUAGGCCUUGAACCAGGAAUCACAUACAACAUUGGAGUUAGAGCAUUUACCAAAGGAGGGGACGGUCCCAGCGAUGCAGUCACCGUGACCACGCCGAACAGCCCGAUCGCCCUGAUCCUUGGGAUCAUCUUGCCACUGAUCGGAUUUAUAGUGCUUGUUGUUGUCCUCAGUAUCUUCUGUUACCAAAAGCAAGAAUGGAUCAAAGACACAUUUUAUCCUGAUAUUCCUGAUCCGAUGAACAGCAAAGUUAUCCGGAAUGGAAGCUUUCUUCAGGGAGUCAAUUUAUGCAAAACCCUGGAGCCAAAAGACUGCACACCCAAUGAAGUGCAGGUUGUUGAAAGCAAACCAAUCAAAGCAGAGGAUAAUAACUGCCUCGAGAGAGAACAGGAUGAGGUCAUAUUGGAGGAUAACUCUGAAAAUGAGAGUCAGGAACAAGGUGUCCUGUCAUACCAGCAAAGUAGCACAUCGAUGGAGCUGUCAGGGGAGCCAAAUCCAGCAUUUGAAGUGGCAGCCUCAUUGGUGCAUUGCGUUUACCCCAGUGUAGUAAUGUACACCAGUAUACAGGGCCCCACCCCGGCCCAACAGGAGACAGAAGGGGCGGAUCAGAUGGAGGCUGAUACGGAGGUCAUCGUCAAGUCGGGCUAUCAGCCCCAGAUCCAUUUAGCCACCAAUCCUGCACUGCACAGGCAGCAGCCCGACCUAACACUUCAUGUCAAUGGCUAUCAGCCACAGAUGCAUAACAAAUCCUGGAUCCUCGAUACUGGAGAUUUGCCACCACCGGAACCUGAAUCUGUCGGCAGCCCGACCUCCAUCAAUUCCCAAGCUUUCCUGAUUCCAGAGAAUAUGUUGGGGGAUGGACUGAAACCUAAUGGCAAAACGUGGUCUCUUCCCUUCUUCCAUUCCUGAAUGUCUUCAAGCUCCUACAGUACCUCUGACCUCAGCUGGGGGAGGACUGGGGGGGCGAGAUGGGAGGAGCCCCAGCUUUAAACCGUCACUGUUAAUCUUUGCUCAGUGGGAAUCUCCUCCGUCUCUCAGCAGUAUAGAAAGCCCACAUUAUGGCUGUUUUCCAAGGUUCCCAUGGGCCUGAUGUAGAUGGAGGAAAAAGUUCUUAGUGAGUCUCUAAACAUAACCGGACUGAAGUCAAGGCUCUCUAAGUUCUGUUAGUCGUGUGGGUUAAAUGAUGUGCUCCUUUUCCAUUUUAGACACAAGUGACUGCAGAUGCUGGAACCUGGAAUAAACACCAGAGACUCAUCCAUCUCCCUGACAGAGUUCCUCCAGUCUGUUGCUACUGUUCCUAUGUUCUGUUCAAUGCUAUUAGAUUGUAAUCAUAUUUCUAUAUAACCUUUAGAGGAGAUAUGCAAAGUGGUUUUGCCCGUGGAAUGCAGCGUACUGAGGAAUUGUUCUGAUUUAUUUAGAGAUACAGCAUGGAACAGGCCCUUUGAGCUAUGCCAACAACUGAUUUAGCCCUAGCCCAAUCACAAGAUAAUCUACAAGGGGGGAAGCCACGCAUUUCAUGGGGUGAUGUACAAACUCCUUACAGACAAUGCUGGGAUUGAACUCCAAACUCCAACGUCCUGAGCUAUAAUAGCGUUGCACUAACAGUUAUGCUGCCUUGGUAAUCCAAAUGGUGUGUUUCCAUUCACCUGUGGGAGGUGUGAGUUUGUCAGUGGGAAGAGCAGGCCAUUUGAAAUUAGCAGGUUUCCUGCAAUAUUACAGCUCUGAUCACCCCAUGAAGUGCUAGCCAGCUUCAGUAGCUGAAUUGACCUAAACCUUGUGACUCAACAUUCACAACCUGUAUUUCCAUGGAGCCCCAAGUCACAUCCAAAGGCAGCAGAAACCUCACACCCUCCAGGAAGGGAACUCAGCCUUGAUUGUGUAAAUAUUCUGGCUUGCAGCUGAUUGUAUUUUUCUACUUCAGUGGGGAUUGGGGGUUCUGAACAGAAUUGUUCUGCUGACUGAGCCGAUAUACAAUCACCAUGGUCCUGCUUUUCUAUUUAUCAAAAGCUAUGUGCUUCAUAGUCGAGGCUUUGCUUCAGAGUGCAGUAAGAUGAUGUAAAGAUCAUCUGUGGCAAACUUAAAUAUCCUCUGCCUAUGGUGACCAUAAGCAACUGUUUCAAACUCGAAAGGAGGCUGUGAUCAAUGGAAUUGUUCACUCUGCACUUAUGAUGUGUGACUCCCCUCUGGAAAAGUGGGAGGUGAACUUGACUACCGUUCAUGCAUUUGCUGACACCUCUGAGAUACCAGAUGCAAGAGCAGUGCAGUGUAACUGGGUAAAGUAUUCACAGCUCCGGAGAAUGGGAUCUAUCAUUACUGUGAUGUACAUCUGGAGUCGGUACCGAUGUUUGCUGUAAAUAUUUAAUGUCAGCUUGAUUAUUCAGCUAUCUUAUAAAUCACUGAAUAUAGUAUUGCAUAUACUUAGAUUUCCAAUCAAAAAUAACCAUUUGCCUUUUCUACAGUGUCUGUAGCAGCUGGGUCUAUAGUGCAUGGUGAAUGUAGACAGUGUGGAGAGUUAUAGCUGUACUGAGUCUGUUGCAAGCAAGGAUGAGGUUUCUCUAGCAGAGGGCCAGAAGAGCUCAGCAUUUGUUUAUUUUUGUUGCACGUUAGUCAUAGAACACUAUAGCAGAGACAGGCCCUUUAGCCCAUCUAGUCUGUUAGAAAUAUUAUUCUGUCUAGUCCCAUAACCUGAUCACACCCCUCCCCCAAAAUCCAUGUACUUAUCCAAACUUCUCUUAAAUGUUGCAAUCACUUCCACUUCCUCUUGACAGCUCGUCCACGCUCUCACCACCCUGAGUGACAAAGUUCCUCCGAUGUUCCCCUUAAACAUUUCACCUUUAGUUAAUAGUUUUUCCGAACCUGUACCCGUAUCAAAUCACCCCUCAUUUCCUAACUGAUUCACCUUUUCCUUUAACUCAGGUCCAAUAGGCGUUUGGUAUUGAGGGCAGAUAAAAGUUAGUUUUUGAUGCUCACUCAUCAGCUUAGUAGAUGCCCAUGAGAUCCAUGAAAAAUUCUGUCCAAAAUUGGCCAGAGGUAGAAAGGAAUGUACACAAUGAGCAGUGUGAAAUUGAAUGGUGGUCACAUCAUGAUUUAGACAUAAUUAGGUGAGCAAUGGACUAUUAACAGAUGGGCAGAUUGGAAUGCAGUCAGGGAAGUGGUCAGCAAAUAGGUAAAGAAAUACACCAAUGUGGUGUAGAGAGGUGGCUUUCAGUGCAGAGUAAAUGGUCAGAACAUUUUCCCUUGGUAGCUGUAUGAAACAAGAGUUUUGUCAACAACCUAAGGAUGUACUAGAGGGUGGCCUGCAAGAAUCACCACACAUUUCAGUCCCAUAAUGUUCACCAGAACAAGAGAUCUGAAGAGUUGGUUUUUAUUCCAGGGAAGAUGGUUAAUAUUCGGAAUGUGGAUCUGAUUCAGUGCUACAUGUAGAAUGUGGGCAAAUACAAUGAGGUCAAAUGGCCAUAAAGAUUGGUGUGGCCAAAGGGCAUGUUUCUGUAUAGUCUCAAAGAUCACAGGAGAUGUAGACAAAGUCAUUAACUGGUUAAUAUGAAAGGUUUACUUGUUUGAGAACAGGAAGGCAAGGUUGGAGCUGGUUCUGAAUUGAGGUCAAAACAGUGGGAAGGAUGUGAUGACACAAUAUUAAGGAUAGAUGCUGGGAAGAUUUACUGUAGAGCUGCUCACCUUGGAACAGAAGUACAGACAUUUGCAUAGUGCACAGGAUUACAACAGAUUUACAAGAAGCUGUUCUCAUUGUGGAUGACUCGAGUACCAAGCCACUUGUAUAUGUCUAAAUUGCUCCUUAUGGUUGGUAAAUCGGAUUUUCGCACUGAUAGUAAAUAUACACAAGGCUGCACUGUUGCAUCAUCUGUCCACAAACUCAAGGAUGUUCCUGUCAGUGAAGAGCUUUGGAAUUGUAACUAGUCUGAAUUUUUUUCCAGAAAUGAGCUACAAACUUAGACCAAGCUCCCUACUGCUGUUGCAGUGUGCACUAAACUUUGCUGUUUUACGUGAGCUGGUAUGGAGCUGCAAUUUGCUUAUUAUCGUCUAACUCUGAAUUUACUUUUUAAUAGACCCAAAGGAAGUCAACUCAGAGUUUGCUCCAAGAUUGGGAAUUUUCCUGCACUAGACAUUCUGAGCUAUCUGGGGAGGAAAGACCUUCAAAAUGUUUUUUGUUUCUGACACUGAUUUCAUUACUAAACUUCAAUCUCUGCAAAAGCUGUUUGAAGUAAGUUUGUCCAGUUAAUGUGAAACCCACUAUUUUUGUUACUUUCCUGUUGAGUUGAGGAAGAAAAAUUGUACAGCAUUUACUUGAUGACUUAACCAUUUUACACAGGGAAUUUUUUUUUACCCACACUAAGACAGACCUUUCAGUUAGGUGGUACUGAUCUGGAAGUCGUAUGUAAUUAAAUAUUACUAUCAGGAAUUUAAUCAAAUAGCUUUGUUUUAAAAUAGAUUUUAUGUAGCACAUUAAUAAAUCAGUUAUUUUUUUACAAAUGGAAAAAAUACAGGAGACCUCAGGAGUCCAGAGUAAUCUGGCAAAUACUGCCAGUUUGACCAAUUCCAAACAGAUGUACCUAGGAUGAAAAUGUUAUUCUAUAAUUCUACUAUGUAUAAUAUAUUCAGAAACAGUUAGCCUGUUGUAUGAAGGCAAAGUACCGGGUUAGUGAAUAUCUACUCUGCUGCUAUUGCUCAGUCUAAUAAUGUCCGGGGGGGGGGG